AUGGCCUCGGAAGUGGUGUGUGGACUCAUCUUCAGGCUGCUGCUGCCCAUCUGUCUGGCAGUCGCAUGUGCUUUCCGAUACAAUGGGCUCUCGUUUGUCUACCUUAUCUACCUCUUACUCAUUCCUCUGUUCUCAGAACCAACAAAAGCAACAAUGCAAGGACAUACAGGCCGACUGUUAAAGUCUCUGUGCUUCACAAGCCUCUCCUUUCUGUUGCUGCACAUCGUUUUCCACAUCACAUUGGCUAGCCUGGAAGCACAACACCGUGUUACACCAGGUUAUAACUGUUCAACAUGGGAGAAGACAUUUCGGCAAAUUGGCUUUGAAAGCUUAAAGGGAGCUGACGCUGGAAAUGGGAUCAGAGUGUUUGUGCCUGAUAUCGGGAUGUUCUUUGCCAGUCUGACCAUCUGGCUCAUCUGCAGAAACAUUGUUCAGAAACCAGUGUCAGAAGACGAAGCACAGUAUAACCUGGAAUAUGAAAGUGAAGAAUUGACUGCAGGGGAAAAAAUAGACUCCGAGGAGGCAUUGAUACAUGAAGAGGAUUUAGAUGGAGGUGAUGGUGUUGACGGCGAAUUGGAGGAAAGCACGAAAUUGAAAUUGUUCCGCAGGCUUGCCUCUGUAGCUUCCAAACUGAAGGCAUUUAUUGGCCACAUGAUAACCACUGCUGGGAAGGUCGUGGUGACAAUUCUACUUGGUUCAUCAGGUAUGAUGUUACCAUCUUUGACCUCAUCUCUGUAUUUCUUUGUAUUUUUGGGUCUAUGCACCUGGUGGUCCUGGUGCCGGACUUUUGACCCAUUGCUCUUCAGCUGUCUGUGUGUUCUGCUGGCUAUUUUCACUGCUGGGCACCUGAUUGGGCUUUACUUAUACCAGUUCCAAUUCUUUCAAGAAGCAGUUCCACCCAGUGACUACUAUGCAAGGCUUUACUCCAUUUACAGCAUUAUCGAGACUGACUGUAAAUCUUUAUGGAAGAAGAUUUCAAUAGAUCCAGCUCUUUCCAAAUAUAUACAUGCUAAUGAAAUCCUUCAGUUGCUGCCAUACAAAACUGGACUAAGCCUCUUCAGUAUCUGGCUUGAACCUCUUACUCAAGAUGAGGAGACCAAGGAAGAGGAUGAAACCUUGGCUUGUAGCCCUGUCCAAAUCACAGCCGAGAGACGGCGAAGCCUGUGGUAUGCCACCCAUUACCCAACCGAUGAACGAAAACUUUUAUCCAUGACCCAAGAUGACUACAAACCGUCUGAUGGCCUGGUCAAUGGGAAGCCAGUGGACUACCAUGCCAUUAACCCACAACUCCCAAGAGAAAACGGCCCAGGCAAGACUGAUGUGUAUGCCCUGCCACAGUACCACUGGGAAACCUCUGCCCAGGCCUCAGAAAAGAAAGAGGAAGAAGAGGACAAGAGAGAAGAAUUUGAAGAAGAAAGGAGUUAUGAGGAAAAAAGAAGUGUGAAAACGCAUGCCAUGCUUGCAGUGUUCCAAUUUAUUAUGAAGCAAAGCUACAUCUGCGCUCUCAUUGCAAUGAUGGCUUGGAGUAUUACCUACCAUAGUUGGUUGACAUUUGUAUUAUUGAUUUGGUCAUGUACUCUUUGGAUGAUUCGGAAUAGAAGAAAAUAUGCGAUGAUCAGUUCUCCUUUCAUGGUUAUUUAUGCAAAUCUGUUGCUGGUAUUACAAUAUAUAUGGAGUUUUGACCUUUCUGAAAUUCCAAAGGUGCCAGGAUUUUUAGAAAAGAAAAAUCCAGAAGAACUCGCUUCAAAGAUCCUCUUCACUAUUACAUUUUGGCUACUACUGAGGCAGCACCUCACAGAACAAAAAGCUCUUCAACAAAAGGAAGCUCUUUUAUCUGAAGUCAAAAUUGGAAGUGAGGAAAAUGAAGAAAAAGAUGACGAGCUACCGGAUACCGGAGAAGAGGAGCCCAAAGGAAAGGAGGAGGAAGAAGAAGAAGCAAAGGAAGAGGAGCUAGAAACAAAGAAAGAAGAGGAAGAAGUCGAAGAAGAAGAAGAAGAUGACCAAGACAUCAUGAAAGUGCUGGGAAAUCUGGUGGAGGCCAUGUUCAUUAAGUACUGGAUUUACGUCUGUGGAGGGAUGUUCUUCUUUGUCAGCUUCGAGGGGAAAAUUGUAAUGUACAAAAUCAUCUACAUGGUGCUGUUCCUGUUCUGUGUGGCCUUGUAUCAGGUGCACUACGAAUGGUGGAGGAAAAUUCUAAAGUACUUUUGGAUGUCAGUGGUUAUUUACACUAUGCUGGUGCUUAUCUUUAUCUACACAUAUCAGUUUGAAUACUUCCCAGGCCUGUGGCAAAAUAUGACUGGAUUGUCAAAAGACAAGCUUGAGGAUCUUGGCUUAAAACAAUUCAGCAUGGCUGAACUCUUCACCCAGAUAUUCAUCCCUACCUCCUUCCUGCUAGUGUGCAUUUUACACCUCCACUACUUCCACGACAGGUUCCUUGAACUCACGGACCUCAAGUCAAUUCCCAGCAAACAAGACAACAGCAUCUACAGCCAUGCCAAAGUCAAUGGCCGUGUGUAUCUCAUAAUAAAUAGCAUCAAGAAAAAAUUACCAAUUCACCAAAAUGAACUGGCCCAUCCCGAAGGCAGCCUUCCUGAUCUGGCCUUGCUGAACGUGGCCUCCAGCCUGGAGAAGCCAGAGGGGAAGAGGGAGGAAGAGUCUGAAGAGGAGACACAAGAGGACAACUCUAAAAACAUGGAGACCGGCAAGAUGGAGAAAGACAGUGGGGAAUCAGAGGAGGAUGAAGAGGACUCCGAUGAAGACUCAGAGGAGGAGGAAUAUGCAUCAGACUUGCGGAACAAAUGGCACCUGGUGAUCGACCGUCUCACAGUGCUCUUCCUGAAGUUUCUGGAGUACUUUCAUAAGCUGCAGGUGUUCAUGUGGUGGAUUCUGGAGCUGCAUAUAAUCAAAAUUGUCUCAUCAUACAUUAUCUGGGUCACUGUGAAAGAGGUGUCUCUGUUCAACUAUGUGUUUUUGAUUUCUUGGGCUUUUGCUCUGCCAUAUACCAAGCUGCGUCGCGUGGCUUCAAGUGUCUGCACUGUGUGGACGUGUGUGAUCAUUGUCUGCAAAAUGUUAUACCAGCUCCAAACCAUUAAGCCCGAGAAGUUUUCUGUUAACUGUUCCUUGCCAAAUGAAAAUCAGACGAACAUAGCCCUCAACCAGUUGAACACAUCCAUACUCUAUAACUCAUCCAUCGACCCCACGGAGUGGGUUGGCCUAAGGAAGUCUUCCCCCUUGCUGGUCUACCUAAGGAAUAAUCUCCUGAUGCUAGCUAUUCUGGCCUUUGAAGUUACAAUUUACCGGCAUCAGGAAUACUAUAGAGGUCGAAACAACCUUACAGCCCCUGUGUCUAAAACUAUCUUUCAUGACAUUACUAGACUCCACUUAGAUGAUGGGAUUUUGAACUGUGCCAAAUACUUCAUUAAUUACUUCUUCUACAAGUUCGGCUUGGAGACCUGUUUUCUAAUGUCAGUUAAUGUAAUCGGUCAGCGAAUGGAUUUUUAUGCCAUGGUCCAUGCCUGCUGGCUGAUUGCGGUCUUGUACCGGCGACGAAGAAAAGCCAUCGCUGAAAUCUGGCCCAAGUACUGCUGCUUUCUGGCAUGCAUCAUUACGUUCCAGUACUUCAUCUGCAUCGGCAUCCCGCCAGCUCCCUGCAGAGAUUACCCAUGGCGCUUCAAAGGGGCCAGCUUCAACAACAACAUCAUCAAAUGGCUCUACUUCCCUGACUUCAUUGUGCAGCCCAAUCCGGUGUUUCUUGUCUAUGACUUCAUGCUGCUUCUGUGUGCCUCCCUACAACGGCAAAUUUUUGAGGAUGAAAAUAAGGCUGCGGUGCGCAUCAUGGCCGGGGACAACGUGGAGAUUUGUAUGAACUUAGAUGCAGCCUCUUUUAGCCAACACAACCCCGUACCUGACUUCAUUCAUUGCAGGUCUUACUUAGAUAUGUCCAAAGUGAUCGUCUUCAGCUACCUCUUCUGGUUCGUCCUCACGAUCAUCUUCAUCACGGGAACCACCAGGAUCAGCAUAUUCUGCAUGGGUUACUUGGUUGCCUGUUUCUACUUCCUGCUCUUCGGGGGCAAUUUGCUGCUGAAACCUAUCAAGAGCAUCCUGCGCUACUGGGACUGGCUAAUUGCAUACAAUGUUUUUGUGAUCACGAUGAAAAAUAUACUGUCAAUUGGAGCAUGUGGAUAUAUUGAGAGUUUGGUUCAGAAUAGUUGCUGGUUGAUCCAAGCAUUCAGCUUGGCCUGCACAGUCAAAGGCUAUACCAUGCGUAAAGGAGCGGAACUUUUCCAGGCCACAAUUGUAAAGGCAGUAAAGGCAAGAAUUGAGGAGGAGAAAAAAUCAAUGGACCAAUUGAAGAGACAGAUGGAUCGCAUCAAGGCCAGGCAACAGAAAUACAAAAAAGGUAAAGAAAGAAUGCUGAGCUUGACCCAGGAGUCAGGGGAAGCCCAGGAUGCUCAUAAGCUCUCUGAAGAGGAUGACGAAAGAGAAGCAGACAAACAGAAAGCCAAGGGCAAAAAAAAGCAGUGGUGGCGGCCUUGGGUUGAUCAUGCUUCCAUGGUCAGAAGUGGAGAUUAUUAUUUGUUUGAAACCGAUAGUGAAGAGGAGGAAGAGGAAGAUUUUAAGAGAGAAGAGGAAGAACUUCCAAGAAAGUCAGCUUUCCAGAGAGCUAUUGGGAAGUUUGCAUCAGCCAUUUUAGCCUUGCCCAAGUCUGUCAUUAAACUUCCCAAAACUAUUCUUCAGUAUUUAAUCAGAGCUGCAAAGUUUGUUUAUCAAGCCUGGAUAACUGAUCCUAAAACAGCCCUCCGACAGAGACGCAAGGAGAAAAAAAGAUCUGCCCGAGAACAGAAGCGACAGCGGAAGGGAUCUGGGGAGGGUCCAGUGGAAUGGGAAGGCCGAGAGGAUGAACCAGUCAAGAAGAAAUCUGAUGGACCAGAUAACAUAAUCAAGAGGAUAUUUAAUAUUUUGAAAUUUACCUGGGUCCUGUUUCUGGCAACAGUGGAUAGUUUCACGACUUGGCUUAACUCCAUUUCAAGGGAACAUAUUGAUAUUUCCACAGUUUUGAGAAUUGAAAGAUGCAUGCUGACCAGAGAAAUUAAAAAGGGCAAUGUUCCGACUCGGGAGAGCAUCCACAUGUACUACCAGAACCACAUCAUGAAGCUCUCGCGGGAGUCUGGCCUGGACACCAUCGAUGAACCCUCUGGCGGCGCUUCUGGGUUGCAGGCAGCCCAAAGGAUGGACAGUCUAGAAUCACAUGACAGUAUCUCUAGCUGCUACACUGAAGCAACCAUGCUGUUCUCAAGGCAGUCCACCCUUGAUGAUUUAGAUGGACCAGAAACCGUUCCUAAAACCAGUGAGCGGGCUCGACCUAGGCUCCGUAAAAUGCUCAGCCUGGAUGUGUCCUCCUCAUCAGCUGACAGUGGCAGUUUAGCAUCCAGUGAGCCCACACAGUGCACCAUGCUGUACUCCCGCCAGGGGACCACAGAGACCAUUGAGGAGGUAGAGGCAGAGCAAGAAGAGGAGGUGGUGGGACUGGCGCCUGACCUCGCCGACGUGGAUGACGAGUACCACGCUGAGGACGGGGUGGGGGGUGAGGAGGUCCGCCUCACCCCUGAUGCUGAGCUGCCACAGUACUCCACCAUGGACGGGGAUGUGGAAGUGCCACCCUCCUACAGCAAGGCUGUCAGCUUUGAGCGCCUCUCCUUUGGCUCGCAGGAGGACUCCACAGGCAAAAACCACAUGGUGGUCAGCCCGGAUGACAGUCGCACUGACAAAUUGGAGUUGAGCAUCUUACCUCCCUUGACCCAUGAGCUGACAGCCAGUGAACUGCUUCUAAACAAGAUGUUUCGGGAUGAUGAGCUGGAAGAGUCUGAAAAGUUCUAUGUUGGCCAGCCACGCUUCCUGCUGCUUUUUUAUGCCAUGUACAACACGCUCGUGGCCCGCUCAGAAAUGGUGUGCUAUUUUGUGAUCAUCCUCAACCACAUGGUCUCCGCCUCCAUGAUCACCCUUGUACUCCCCAUCCUGAUCUUCCUGUGGGCCAUGCUAUCAGUCCCUAGGCCCAGCAGGCGGUUCUGGAUGAUGGCCAUUGUCUACACAGAGGUGGCAAUUGUGAUCAAAUAUUUCUUCCAAUUUGGGUUCUUUCCCUGGAAUAAGAAUGUGGAAGUGAACAAAGACAAGCCUUACCACCCCCCAAAUAUCAUCGGAGUGGAGAAAAAGGAAGGCUAUGUCCUUUAUGACCUUAUUCAGCUCCUCGCUUUGUUCUUCCAUCGGUCGAUUUUGAAGUGCCAUGGCUUGUGGGAUGACGAUGACUCCGUUGGAGGUGACAUGAACAAGGAUGGAUCAGACGACGACCUUUCUCUUAGUCACAGCAGAAAGGACUCCUGUGACUCCCUGAAGUCCAUCAACCUGGCAACUUCAGUGGAGUCCGUGCACGUGCAUUUCCCAGAGCAGCAGACUGCCAUCCAGAGGAAGGGCUCUGUCUGCAGCUCUCAGGCAUCCCAGGAGUCCAGCUUUUCCUCAAACAGGUCCGAAAGAGGAAGUACAAGUACCAGAAACAGCAGUCUAAAAGGAAGCAGUGUUUUCAGCAUGAAGCGCAAGAGCAAAAGGGAACUCUAUAUGGAAAAGCUUCAGGAGCAUUUAAUCAAAGCAAAAAUAUUUACCAUUGAAAAGACUCUGCAAAUAUACGUGCCCAUCCGACAGUUCUUCUAUGACCUCAUCCACCCAGACUACAGUGCUGUGACUGACGUGUAUGUCCUCAUGUUCCUGGCAGACACUGUUGACUUCAUCAUCAUUGUCUUUGGCUUCUGGGCCUUUGGGAAACAUUCAGCAGCAGCAGACAUCACCUCUUCUCUGUCAGAGGACCAAGUUCCAGGGCCAUUCCUGGUGAUGGUCCUCAUCCAAUUUGGAACGAUGGUAGUGGACCGGGCUCUCUACCUCCGAAAGACUGUGCUGGGAAAGGUUGUUUUCCAGGUCAUUCUUGUGUUUGGAAUCCACUUUUGGAUGUUCUUCAUCUUACCUAGUGUGACUGAGAGAAAAUUCAGCCAGAAUCUAGUUGCUCAGCUUUGGUAUUUUGUGAAAUGUGUUUACUUCGGAUUAUCUGCCUACCAAAUUCGCUGUGGCUACCCAACAAGAGUCCUGGGAAAUUUUCUCACAAAGAGUUACAACUAUGUCAAUCUCUUCUUGUUUCAAGGGUUCCGCCUUGUUCCAUUCUUGACGGAGCUGAGAGCUGUGAUGGACUGGGUGUGGACAGACACCACCCUGAGCCUCUCCAGCUGGAUUUGUGUGGAGGACAUAUAUGCUCACAUAUUCAUCCUGAAGUGUUGGCGAGAAUCCGAAAAAAGGUAUCCUCAGCCCCGGGGACAGAAGAAGAAGAAGGCGGUGAAGUACGGCAUGGGCGGCAUGAUCAUUGUCCUGCUGAUUUGCAUCGUAUGGUUUCCUCUUCUCUUCAUGUCCUUGAUCAAGUCUGUUGCUGGUGUGAUCAACCAGCCCCUGGAUGUCUCUGUCACAAUCACCCUGGGAGGAUACCAGCCAAUUUUCACCAUGAGUGCCCAACAAAGCCAGCUAAAAGUUAUGAACCAAACCACGUUUGGAAAAUUUAUGGGUUCUUUUUCUAAGGACACAGCUGCUAUGCAAUUUCUGGAAAAUUAUGAAAGAGAAGAUGUCACGGUAGCAGAGCUGGAAGGAAACUCAAAUUCUUUGUGGACCAUCAGCCCUCCCAGUAAGAAGAAAAUGAUGGAAGAACUCCGGAACCCUAGCAGUAGCUUCUCUGUUGUUUUUUCAUGGAGUAUUCAAAGAAAUAUGACUCUGGGUGCAAAAGCAGAAAUAGCAACAGAUAAGCUUUCUUUUCCUCUUAAAAAUAUCACUCGAGAGAACAUAGCUAAAAUGAUAGCUGGGAAUGACACAGAAAGCUCCAACACACCAGUGACUAUAGAAAAGAUCUACCCAUAUUAUGUGAAAGCACCUAGUGAUUCUAACUCAAAACCGAUAAAGCAACUUUUAUCUGAAAGUAAUUUCAUGGAUAUCAGCAUCAUUUUGUCCAGAGACAAUACAACUGACUCAAACAGUGAGUGGUGGGUUCUCGACCUGGCUGGAAAAAGAGUAUUCCCCCAGGACACUCCAGCCUUAGAACUAAUUGUCUUCAAUGACAAAGUCAGUCCCCCUAGUCUUGGUUUCCUGGCUGGCUAUGGGAUCAUGGGACUAUAUGCUUCAGUUGUCCUUGUGAUUGGGAAGUUUGUCCGUGAAUUCUUCAGUGGGAUUUCUCACUCCAUCAUGUUUGAAGAGCUUCCAAAUGUGGAUCGAAUUUUGAAGUUGUGCACAGAUAUUUUUUUAGUCCGAGAGACAGGGGAACUGGAGCUGGAGGAAGAUCUCUAUGCUAAAUUAAUAUUCCUGUACCGUUCGCCAGAAACAAUGAUCAAAUGGACCAGAGAAAAAGCAGACUGAUACCCUAGGACAAAGACUGCAAAUAUGUGAAUUUUCAAAAAAGCACAAUAUUCUCAUAAGAGCUAAGCAUUUUCUAGUUCAAUGGAAAUGGCUUCUCUUCUGACAGGUGGCCAAAGGAAUUCCCUUCCUUUUGACACAAAAGCUACCUGGCAAGUUAAGGCUCUGCUGAAGUUCUUUGUAAUUCCAUUUCUCUGGAAUCAGGGUUGCUUACUUUGGUUUAGUCAACAGGAUCUUGCAUUCCGAUUGCCUACAGAAGGAAUCCCUUGCGACCCUCUUCCGCAAAGAAAGAAGACAGAAAGAGCCCUGAGAAGGAAAGGCACCCCGUGUUUCACGCUGCUGAAGAUAGGCCAUUGUGAAACGAUACCAUCAGAGAACCUGCAGUGCUCCAUCUGCAAAUGGGAAGCUGCUACGAUGGUGUUCCGUGAGCCUUCAGCGUAUCUCUAACCCGAACAGCAAUAGGAGGCUGAACACUCCUGGGGUGGGAAGAGAUGGGCCAGAAACCUUUCAGAAUGCCAAUGGAAGCAAAAGCCUCACUCUAAGCAAAAAGAUAAAAUUACUGCCUUAUCUGAAGACUAAUUAGUUAUCUUUCCAUUAAAUACCAGUGACUUCUCAGGAAAAAUAAGAUCAGCAAAACAGCUAUGUAGAUAACUGGCUUGUGGAUGCCCAGCUAGUGACUUUCUUCGGUGAUAGUAAUGGUUCUACUUCAGUGACUCCCCCUCACGAAAGAGACGUGAGAGCGCACACACUAGAAAGAAUCCCUACCCCACAGUUGCAUUUGGACAACUGACUUUGUAACUCUUUAAUAACCGACGUCAUCAUCGCUCUCCUGCCUUCUCCCCACCCGUCAACAUGCUUUUCCCGUGUCGAUGAUUUAAGGCAAAAAGAUUUUUCCAGUAUUUGACAACUUCCUUCCUAUUUUUCAGGUAUAACAAGGAGUUUACAUAUUCCAAUUCACAUUUUUACAUCUGAGACGGGUUUUUUAAGUUCAUAAUUAUGAAAGAAAUCUGUAUAUUGAGCUUGGGGAAAUAAAAAUGGCCUUUUCUUAAAUUAUUUUAUUGAUAAUACCACAUCUUCAUGGAAUAAUAAUGUAGCAUGAAAAAUUUAUGAUUGAAAUGUAGUUUUCAAUCCAUAUAAAAGCAGUUUCUGAAACGAUUCAUUGAAUGGAUUAGAAUGAUAAAAAUUAUACUAUGUAAUGUGGGUG